CCGUGCAUCGGAAAGAAACGCAACGACAAAGCGACGUUGAAGAGUGGAAAUUUGUUAUCCGAAACGCGGUUAUAUAGUUUACAUUGUACACUUAUUUAUUGACGCGUGUUAUUGAAACAACGGCAUAUUCCAUCCGUGAAUUCAUCUUUUUUCUUAAAGCAGUUCUAGUCGCCGGGUUCUUGUGAUUUCACAAGCCGUCGCUUCUUCAGCCAGCACUUUUUGCGGAGGAUUUUAACUCAGCACUUUAAACGAAAUGUUCCCCGAGGCUGCCGCAGGGUACACCUAUGAGGAGUGCAGAGCCACAGCCGAUUGGUUGCUGGCGCAGACAGCAGUGCGCCCCCUGGUGGGGAUAGUGUGCGGGUCGGGGCUGGGAGGCCUGGCUGAAAUGCUCAAGGAUCAAGUGGCCUUCAACUACCGAGACAUCCCCAACUUCCCUCAGAGCACCGUGCACGGCCAUGCAGGACGGCUGGUGUUUGGCACUCUGAAGGGAAAACCCUGCAUCUGCAUGCAGGGAAGGUUUCACCUGUAUGAAGGAUAUCCCGUCCAGAAGAUCACCUUCCCUAUGCGGAUCUUCAAGCUGCUGGGAGUUGAGACAGUGAUUCUCACCAACGCUGCAGGAGGCCUGAACCAGGACUACAAGGUGGGAGACAUCAUGAUCAUAAAGGACCACCUCAAUAUGCCAGGCUUUGCUGGGAACAACCCGCUGGCAGGACCCAACGACGAGAGGUUUGGGGUGCGCUUCCCCUGCAUGUCAGACGCGUAUGACCGCGAGCUGCAGCAGCUGGCACAGGAUGUGGGGGCGGAGCUUGGAUACGGGGACUUCCUGCGAGAGGGCGUGUACUGCGUGCUGGGAGGGCCGUCCUUCGAAACCAUCGCAGAGUGCCGCAUGCUCCACAAGCUGGGCGCCGAUGCUGUCGGGAUGAGCACUGUGCACGAGGUGAUCGUGGCUCGGCACUGUGGGAUGCGCGUCUUCGCUCUGUCUCUGAUCACCAAUCAGGCGGUGAUGGACUACGACAGCGAGGAGAAGGCCAAUCACGAGGAGGUGCUGCAGACGGGGAAGCAGCGAGCCGAGCAGCUGGAGCGGCUGGUGUCCACCAUGGUGACCCGCAUCGAGCACAACAACAACUACGCCUGACUCCCACCGCACGGCCGCCAGACUCACCCCACAUCUCAGCCCAAAUCAGCACAUCUUACUUUCCCAGCUCAAUCUCAGAUCAGUACAGCGACCCAGACAGACCCCAGAUCAAUACAGCCACUAUAUCUGUGUCUCUCCACUUAUAUGAAUGGCUGACCCCACAUCAAUACAAACGCACCCAACUGACCCCAGAUCAGAGCAGCCUCGAGGUCUGAGGUUGGAGUUUUACGUCUGCUCCAUCAUUCUCUUAUGACCAAAACAUUCCUGAUGAAAAGCGACCACAGGAAUCCGGAGAAACACCCUCUGAUGCGGAACCAGAUCAAAUGUACAUGUCUCUAAGUGAACUAAUACUGUGUAAAGGUUGUAGCUUUACAGCACACAAUUUUAGGCUCUUAAUGUUAUUUUUAUUAUUAUUGUUAUAUAUUAACUUUAUUGUGUUUAUUUAUUCUUUGUUUUCGAUACAAUAAAAUCAGUGCAAUCCAUUCCUAUACUAAAGAGAGAAAAAGGCUAGCAGGUGGAUGGGCCAAUAGGAGUGGCUUUCCGGAUGGAGGGAGGAGCCGCACUCCUCCAAUGUUACUGCAAUGUUGAGAAAAUGUUGCACAUUAACUGGGGCCUCAUGCAUCACUGGGGUUAAUUUAAAUCUAUUUAAAAGUAAAAAUGUUAGUUAUUUAUGACUAAAUGUUUGAGUCCUUAUUUGUAAAUGAUGCGUUUGAGAAAGUAUUUGUAGAUAUUUGUAAGAGUACUCAUUUGUAGUCUGAGAGAUGGUGUCGCUCAGUGAGGUUUAUGGCUAUUUCUGUGUACUGCUGUUUGUUUUGAACACACCUGAGCAUUUUAUUCUUGCUUCAGAUAUAGAAAUAUUUUUAUUUCAACAACCAGCAAAAAGUAAUGACCAGCACUGAAAGAUAAGGACCUGUGCUGAGUGUGGCACAAAACUGAAAAUGUGGAUUUUUGUUUUCAGAAGUUGGUAUUUUGAAGAGUUCAUUUGCUAAGUUUAAUCAGCAGUUUUUGGUCGCCGAUAUUCUGUGAUCAAACUGAGGGGCCAAAUUUAAUAUUGUGAUGAUUCUGUCCUCUCCACCAGCAAUAAAAGUUUCUUUUCCAAA